GCGACUAGAAAAUUCAUUCAGUAUCUCACGCAGCUCGUUCGAGACUAUUCGACUUGGAUCGCGCCGCUCUUCGAUUAACACUUUUCGUUUGCCAAACGUCAACAACUUUUCGUCUACCUAUUGCGUCAUUUAAAACGUCAAGAUGAUGCUAGCACGUGUGUGCCGCAGUACGCUCGCGCCUCAAGUCCAGAGCUUCUACAAGGCUCCAGUGAACAUCCCACAGCUAUCUAAAAUCCAGACUGUCAGAUUAUUCGCAAACGAUGGAAGGACUUCUUUCACUAGGUCAGCCAGAGCCAGACAGUCGUUGGUUACAGAAAAAUUGGCACAGCCCGCUGGAGAAACUGCAUUCAAAAUUGGACAAGGCGCAGUAGCUGGUGGAGCAGCUUUGGGUAUUGGAGCGCUAUGCUUCUACGGCUUGGGUCUUUCUGGUCAAGUAGGCGCCAUUGACAAAGCAGGAAUGUGGCCCCAGUAUGUGAAAGACCGCAUACAUACAACAUACAUGUAUUUUGGAGCAUCUGUUGUCACAAGUGCACUGUCUGCAGCAGCUUGUUUACGUUCUCCAGCAAUGAUGAAUUUGGUCAUGAGACAAGGCUGGUUAGCCAUCAUUGGAACGAUGGCUGCUAUGAUGGGUUCUGGCAUAUUAGCUCAAAGCAUUCCUUAUCAAGAAGGCUUUGGUGCUAAACAACUUGCCUGGUUGGCUCAUACUGGUAUAAUUGGAGCUGUUUUGGCUCCAGCCUGCUUGCUUGGUGGAUCUCUUGUCAUGAGAGCAGCUUGGUACACCGCUGGAGUCGUUGGAGGACUUUCAGCUGUUGCAGUUUGUGCACCCAGCGAUAAAUUUUUGAACAUGGGUGGUCCAUUAGCUAUUGGUCUUGGAGUUGUAUUCUGCAGUUCUAUUGGAACAAUGUUCCUCCCACCAACAACAGCUAUGGGAGCUGGUCUUCAUUCUAUUGCUUUAUAUGGAGGAUUAAUUCUCUUUUCAAUGUUCCUUCUUUAUGACACACAGCGUAUCAUCAAAAGAGCAGAAACUACACCAAAUUAUGGCUAUUCCAACAUUGCUCCAUAUGACCCUAUUAACAAUGCUAUUUCAAUUUAUUUGGACACAAUCAACAUCUUCAUCCGAAUUCUUUCCAUUCUUGCUGGAGGUGGCAACCGACGUAAAUAGAUACAUAGAUUGAAUUGAGAUUUAAUAUAACGAACUAAGUAUUGAAAAUAAGUUGGUUUUGCAUAAAAAAUUGUAAAAAAUCAAAUGCUUUGGCCAACUUAAAGUUGAAAACGCAUAUUAUAAAUUUGUUGAAACACAUAAUUUACGAAUUAUAUUACUUUUAACUACUAGUUUAAAUUUUUACUUGAGACAGAUGGUGAACAGAAAAAUUUUGGUAAAAUGUCCAAUAUCACAUGAGAAAGAUUUCUGUUAAAAUUUCAUCCAGUGACAAAUAUUAAAAUAAACCAAAGUUUCUCAUAAA